AUGCAUUGGGCUACUUCUUACGAAGCCAUCCCAAACGUCCAAUAUUUUCGCCUUGCUGAAGUCGCCAGCCACGAUGCCAGCUCGGACAGGCAGUGGAUAACACGCGGCACAUCAGUUUACGAUAUCACAGAUUUCAUAUCCGCCCACCCAGGUGGGCCCAUCAUACUCCACGCCGCUGGCGGCAGCAUCGACCCAUACUGGAAGCUGUUCACAAUUCACGCCUCAUCGCACGUCCAAGAAAUCCUCGCGCAGUAUAAAAUUGGCGAAAUCGCCUCGUGCGACCUUGUUAACGGCGAAGUCCCCUGUGCUUCUAUCCGAAAUCCAUACGCCGAUGACCCGCCCCGCGAUUCGCGGCUGAAGACGCUGACCGAGAAUCCGCGGAAUGCGGAAUCGCCGGAUGAGGCAUUGUCAGAAGACGUCACGCCGAAUGAACUAUUCUACGUGCGAAAUCAUUUCUGGGUCCCGCCCGUGAAGGAAGAGGAAUACACUUUCACAGUCGAAUUACCUUGCGGGACGGAAAGGACAUACUCUCUCUCCGACUUGAAGAGCUUCGAGCCACACACCAUAACUGCAACUCUUCAAUGCGCUGGGAACCGCCGCUCGCAUAUGUCUGCAGCCGUCAAACCGACGAAUGGCUUGCCAUGGAAUGUUGGCGGAAUAAGCACCGCGACAUGGACCGGCGCACGUCUUGCUGACGUUCUUGCCGACGCAGGAUUGGAUAUGAGGAGUGAAGAGCAUAAGAGUGCGAGACACGCAGACUUUACGGCCCUCGAAGCGUAUGGUGCCAGUAUACCCCUGUCCACGGCGAUGGACCCCCGAUCCGACGUACUACUUGCGUACGCCAUGAACGGCACGGACUUACCACGCGAUCAUGGAUACCCAGUGCGUGUCGUGGCACCUGGAAUAGUUGCGGCAAGAAGUGUGAAGUGGGUGCAAAAAGUGAGCAUCGGGGAGGAGGAGAGUGCAAGUCAGUGGCAGCGCAGGGACUACAAGUGCUUCGGGCCGAAUGAGAAGCGGCUAGAUUGGGACAAGGCGAAGAGCAUUCAGGAGAUGCCCGUUAUGUCUGCCAUUACGGGCUAUAGGAUCAAGAAGAAAGGGGGCGGAUGGCUUGGCAGGCAAGAUGGUCAGAAGAUGCUGGACGUUUGGGGCUAUGCGUAUUCCGGCGGCGGGAGGGAAAUAGUCCGAGUCGACGUCAGCCUUGACGGCGGGAAGAGCUGGGACCAGGCCGAGCUGCUCCGGGGCGAGCGCGAGGAUGGCAGCAAGACGUGGGCGUGGACGAGGUGGAGGUAUCACAUGGCGGAUCCUGGGGAUGGGAAGGUGGAAAUUGCCGUCAAAGCGACAGAUGAAGCGUACAACACACAACCGGAAAGGUUUGACGGUAUCUGGAAUGCGAGAGGGAAUCUAGCAACUGCGUGGCAUCGUGUCGUCGUUGGAGAGGACGAGACUUGAUACACCAACCCCCCUCCUGCCUGAAGGAGACCACACUUUUGAGCAAACAGAAAGUUCCUUCACGGCUCCAUUUCCAUGUAUUAUACAGUAUGACGCUGCUCCUGCUCGAGUACGCGGUGACACUGAUCAUCAGCUCCAAGCAAUGAUCCUCAUCAGCUCCGCGUCCACACAUCCUGACGGACGCAGGUCGACGUCGCUAUUUGUACAGUAUUCAGGCCAAGACGGCCACACAAAAGCGCAGUUCUUAUCCGGUAUUCAGCGGCAAGCGAAGACUACUUAUUACUAAUAAUUGUUAUGAUCUUUGUAUUUUGUAUAGGAGUGCAGGAACAGGGGAAUCUAUGUACUUGUACGCUUUCAAGAUGCUGUUAUCGCUCGACGCCUUCAGGAAAGGCUAGAUGUGGCAAUUUCAGGUAAUCAAAUAUACGUUGUGAACGCUACCGCUGGAAUCGCUCAACCCACUCG